AUGGCGGUGGGUUUUAGCUGCACAGCAAAUUUCUUUCUUUCUUUCUUUCUUUCUUUCUUUCUUUCUCCAGCAUCAGCUCAUCCUCAGUGUCUGGACUUCGCGCCACCUUUCAAACCUUCAUGGCACCUGGAGUUUUGUACGCAGUACGAAGAGUUUGGCUGCUGCGACCAGAAGACAGACAACAUGAUAGCGGAGAGAUACUGGGACAUUAUUGACCAGCUGGAAACGGCGGGUCAUGAGCUCUGUGCAGACAUGUUGAAGGAAAUCAUGUGUCAGGAGUGCUCUCCAUAUGCUGCCCACCUCUAUGAUGCUGAGGACCCGUACACACCUGUCAGAGAGCUACCUGGCCUUUGCUUUGGCUACUGUUCCAAGUUUCAUGGCAAAUGUCGCCACGUGGUUAAAUAUUUAACAGAGAACCAGCUGCUGCGGGACACCUCUGAGCGAGAUGUGGCCACGUUCUGCAGCGUGGUCGACCUGUCUGACCAGGACUACUGCUACCCCAACGUUCUGAAGAGCUCCGACCUAAACAGUAACCUGGGACAGGUGUCGGAGGACCCCAGAGGGUGUCUCCAGGUGUGCCUGACAGAGGUGGCCAACAACCUCAGGAACCCCGUGUUGAUGCUUCACAGUGGCGAUGGCACACAUCGCAUGUUCAUCGCCGAGCAGGUGGGCUUCGUGUGGGUUUACCUGCAUGACGGCAGCCGGCUGGAGCAACCCUUCCUGGACAUGAGCGGGGAGGUGAUGACCACACCCUGGCUGGGGGAUGAGAGGGGCUUUCUGGGUAUGGCCUUCCACCCACAGUACCGGGACAACGGACGCUUCUUCAUCUACUACUCGAUCCAGGUCAACAGCAUGCUGGAGAAAAUCAGAGUCAGUGAGAUGAAGGUGUCCGCCCACGAUAUGAACUUGGCUGAUCUGUACUCAGAGAGGGUCAUUCUGGAGAUCGAGGAGCCGGCUGCAAACCACAACGGAGGUCAGCUGCUGUUUGGUCUCGAUGGAUAUUUGUACAUCUUUACUGGUGAUGGUGGAAAAGCUGGAGAUCCAUUUGGGAAGUACGGCAACGCACAAAACAAGAGUGCUCUGUUGGGGAAAGUACUCCGCAUCGAUGUAGAUGGAAGUGACUCCAGUGGGAAGCAGUACAGAAUCCCCACCGAUAACCCAUUCCUCCGUGACCCAGAAGCCCGACCAGAGGUGUACGCAUACGGGGUCAGAAACAUGUGGCGAUGCUCUGUGGACCGCGGAGACCCGGUCAGCCGCUACGGCAGGGGCCGGAUGUUCUGUGGAGACGUGGGUCAAAACCGCUAUGAGGAAAUUGACAUUAUUGUGAAGGGAGGAAACUAUGGAUGGAGAGCCAAGGAGGGUUUUGAGUGCUUUGAUAUGAAACUGUGCCACAACUCCUCCCUGAAUGACAUCCUCCCUAUAUUUGCAUACAGCCAUCAUGUUGGGAAGUCUGUGACGGGGGGAUAUGUGUACAGAGGAUGUGAAUCACCCAAUCUGAACGGCCUGUACAUUUUUGGAGACUUCAUGAGUGGACGUAUCAUGGCGUUAGAGGAAGAAAGGACAACAGGAAGCUGGAGGGAGAGGAGCGUGUGCAUGGGGGAAACAAAGACUUGCUCAUUUCCUGGACUCAUCAACCAUCACCACAAGUUCAUCAUCUCAUUUGCUGAGGAUGAAGCAGGAGAACUAUAUUUUUUGGCGACUGCGUACCCCAGUGCGACGUCUCCUUUUGGAACUGUUUUCAAAUUCAUGGACCCCUCCAGGAGAGCACCUCCGGGGAAAUGUAAGCAGAAGCCGCUGCCUGUCAAAAUUAGGGGGAAAAAGCUCCCCUUUGUGCCAAGAGAACUGACUGUGCUGGACACAAAUGAAAAGCCGACAAGACCACCACCAAGAAAAUUCAAACUCACCACCAAACCGACGCUGACGAGAAGCCACGACAAACCUACAACGACUGCAGCCAGCGAGACGACAACGACGAUGGCAACGUCAACGAGAGCUGCUGUGAAGCCGAAAUGGAAAUCACCUGAUAAGAAAGCGAAGAAGACAAAUAAGUUGAAACCAUGGAAGAAAAAGAAAGUGCUGAAGAAGCAGCCAACUAAUGCACAAACGAAGAAGAAUUCUUUGAAACAGAAACCAAAGGAACAAUCCAAAAAGACCACCGUGACGAAGCCUGUCAGAGACAAAGUGAAACCAAAGAUCAAACAAACUGAAUCAGCUGAUUUAAAAAGUAACGCUCUUAAAAGCAACAGCCUGAAAGACAACACAGUCGACAAGAGGAAAGCUGCACUGAAGCCGAUCGGACACCAGAAAAACAGCACGAACUUUAAAGAAUCUGCAAAACAAAAUCUCAACUUCAUGAACAAAACGAAGACAAACAUGAACGUGAAGACAAACAGAACAAUGCAAAACAAACUUCAGGUCAAAAGGAAGCAAACGAAAAAUACCAGAGCACUUUAAAAUAUAUCUUUUUGUUUGACUGAAUCAUUUUUUUUAUAUUUUGUUUGUGAAACAGUCAGUGUUGAAGGUCAUGUUUUAAAGGAACUGUAAGACAUUUGGGGAAAUGUGCUUAUUUGCUUUUUUGAGUUAGGUGACAAGAUUCUUUCAUGAAGCAGCAGGUUAGCUUAGCUUAGCACAAAGACAGCUAACAUGACUGUCCUAAAGGAACAAAAACACCUACCAGCACCUUUAUAGCUCGCUGAAUAACACAUUAUAAUCUAGUUUAUUUAAAGGAAUACUUCACCCACCAAAAGAUCAUUUGUCUGUAUCAAUAUUGACCCUGUACUAUAUCAAAUUCAUGAAGAAAUCUUCCUCACAUGCCUCCACAGUCGAUGAAGAAUCAAAAAACAGAACAAUCUUGAUGAAUUGAUAUGUACUGAAUAUAAGACUGGAUAAAUGAGACGGGCGUGGUCAUCUCUUGCCCGCAUCCCUCCACAUCACUAUAAAAAGUAUGAAUUUAAUGUUUGUUACUUCCUUAGCCGCUUGUUUUUAUCUGAUAACUUAACAUCUGAUACUAACUAAGUGUGAGAUCACAUCAUUUGUUGCCAGAUCUCUUGAGAGUGUGU